AACUGAUAAGAAAAUGUAAUAAAACCAGUGAUUCUUGGAACUCGGAAGGAGCGGAGAACCCUUCCUUCGCGUCAAGAGAGAUGGCGUUUGUGGCAGCAAGCAUCCAAUGAUCUCGGUUACUACGACAUGAUGAAGAAGCUGCUCAUCAUCAGGUGAUUAUAACACAAUGACUUCGCUGUUGGAGAAGUUUAACAAGGAAAGAAUCUGCCUUACGGACAAAGCAUUCGGAUUUUUGCCUGUUCUUGAUUCAAGUAAGGCUCAAGCCAUGGAAUCUAUUGCAUCAGUAAUUGGGAUUUUGAAUAAAGUUGGGGGUUCAACUCGUCAUUCGGGCAUCUUUGCGAUGAUUCAUAUGCUUUGUGCCAUUGACUCUUUUGAAAUGGCGAAGUUUGUGAUGGAAGUUGUUGAGAAGAAGUUGUCAUACUACGCCAUUUUAGUUCGUGAAAAAUGUAGGAAAGGCUGCUCUGAGGAAGCUUAUGCUCUAAUGGGUGAAAUGCGAGUGGCUGGUUGUGAACCGGACACGAAAAUAUACAACUACAUUUUAGGUAGUUUAUGCAAAAGUGGGAAGCUGUCUGAAGCUCUAGACAUGCUUCAUGAAAUGAAAGAAAUGAGUGUUGAUCCGGAUUUAAUAACGUUUGAAAUAUUUAUUUCAAGUUCAUGUAGACGUGGGAAUCUGGAACUUGCGGAUCGGAUUUUAAAGAUGUUAAUGGAUACGGGUUGUCCUCCGAGACUUGAAACUUAUGCUGCUUUGGUGAAAGGUUAUUACAAUGUUGGACGAAAGGAGGAGGCGUACAAAUAUGUGCAGGAUCUUGAAGUGAAGAAGAUGCCUGCCACUAAUAAGAUGUAUAGCCUUCUUGCAAAUCUCCACCAGAGAGAAGGAAAUAUUGAUGUUGCUCGCAGGAUUUUUAAUGAAAUGAUGGAGAAAGGUCUAAAGCCUGACUAUUUACAUUAUGCAAAAACCAGAAAUGUGCUCAGGCAUACUGGUGAUAGACAAUUAGCUCAAGAUUUACAAAAGAAAUUCUCGAAAUUUAGAGUUGAAUAAGAAUGUUAACCUCCUGCUGUCUUCUUAUGUGGUUUUUGUUUCUAUUUUUCCUUCUGUUUGGUAUGUAGUCAUGAACAAAGAGGCAGUAAUUAUGAUAUACUGCAAGAAGUUAAUUGAGGAUGUUUGUUUACAGUUUUAAAGCAGCAAGAAACGAUUGCUUG